ACCAUGCCCCACUCGUACCCAGCCCUUUCUGCUGAGCAGAAAAAGGAGUUGUCCGACAUUGCCCUGCGGAUUGUGGCCCCAGGCAAAGGCAUUCUGGCCGCAGAUGAGUCUGUAGGCAGCAUGGCCAAACGGCUGAGCCAAAUCGGGGUGGAGAACACUGAGGAGAACCGCCGGCUGUACCGCCAGGUUCUGUUCAGUGCCGAUGACCGUGUGAAGAAGUGCAUCGGCGGUGUCAUCUUCUUCCAUGAGACACUCUACCAGAAAGACGAUAAUGGUGUCCCCUUCGUCCGCACCAUCCAGGAUAAGGGGAUUGUAGUGGGCAUCAAGGUUGACAAGGGUGUAGUGCCUCUAGCCGGAACUGAUGGAGAAACCACCACUCAAGGGCUGGAUGGGCUUUCGGAGCGCUGUGCCCAGUACAAGAAGGAUGGCGCUGACUUCGCCAAGUGGCGCUGCGUGCUGAAAAUCAGUGAGCGCACACCCUCAGCACUUGCCAUUCUGGAGAAUGCCAAUGUGCUGGCCCGCUAUGCCAGCAUCUGCCAGCAGAAUGGGAUUGUGCCUAUUGUGGAACCUGAGAUUCUGCCUGAUGGAGACCAUGACCUCAAACGUUGCCAGUACGUUACAGAGAAGGUCCUGGCUGCUGUGUACAAGGCCCUGAGUGACCAUCACGUGUACCUGGAGGGAACCCUGCUCAAGCCCAACAUGGUGACCCCUGGCCAUGCCUGCCCCAUUAAGUAUAGCCCAGAGGAGAUCGCCAUGGCAACUGUCACUGCCCUGCGUCGCACUGUGCCCCCGGCUGUCCCAGGCGUGACCUUCCUGUCUGGGGGUCAGAGUGAAGAAGAGGCAUCUCUCAACCUCAAUGCUAUCAACCGAUGCCCCCUUCCCCGGCCAUGGGCCCUCACCUUCUCCUAUGGGCGUGCCCUGCAGGCCUCUGCACUCAAUGCCUGGCGAGGGCAACAGGACAAUGCUGGGGCCGCCACUGAGGAGUUCAUCAAGCGGGCCGAGGUGAAUGGGCUUGCAGCCCAGGGCAAGUAUGAAGGCAGCGGAGAAGAUGGUGGAGCGGCAGUGCAGUCCCUCUACAUUGCCAACCACGCCUACUGAGUACCCCUCCACACCACAGCCCUUGGCCCAACCACCUGCGCCCAAUUUUGCUUGUAGUUAUGGCCAGGGCCAAGUAGCCUUGCAGAGCAGAGAUGCCUCCAUCCAGCACUGA